AUGUCUUCUGCAAACGACAAAGCUCUCCAGCUGCGAAAUCUGCAUAUUCCAGGGAAGCCCCUCGUGUUCGCCAAUGUUUACGAUGCUUCUUCUGCUCGCAUAGUGGCAGCCAACUCUUCUUCUACCGCUCUAGCAACUGCAAGCUACGCGGUAGCUGCUGUCCAUGGAGUAAGCGAUGACGACCUUGACCUUGAGACCAACCUCGCAUCGGCCCGUCGAAUCGCCUCUGUCGCAGAUGAGUUCAACAAGCCCCUUUCCGUGGACAUGCAAGACGGAUAUGGCUCCCGCCUAGAGGAGUCCAUUGAAUCAAUCAUUGCUGCAGGUGCUUCAGGGUGCAACUUGGAAGAUAAGGACAAUGAGACCGGCAAGCUCUUUCCCCUUGAUGUUGCCGUUGACCGUGUCCGCCGUGUCAUGGCUGCUGCUGUCAAGGCGGGGGUUCCGGAUUUUGUCCUCAAUGCUCGCACCGACGCUGUUCUGCUGCACAAGGAUCUGGAAGAUGCCAUUGUGAGAGGCAAGGCUUUCCUUGAGGCUGGUGCCACCACUGUUUUUGUCUGGGGUGGCCUGUCCCGUGCAGACGUUGAGAGACUCGCGAAAGAGUUUGGUGGAAUGCUAAAUGUUAGCCUUCUCCCUGGAGGACUGACGGUCCAGGAAUUGGCCGAUAUUGGGGUUGCAAGAAUCAGUGUCGGACCACGGAUGUGGAGGUUGGCAAUGAACACGGUUGAGGAGCAGUCGAAGAAGCUAUUGGAUGAAUAUGCCGCUAUGCAGGCCAAAUAG